UGGUCGGCCUUUUUGCCACUUUUGCCUCCAAGUGGAAAGCAGAGUUUGCUGCUUCCCGGAAUCCAACGCCAUCCUCCGUGCCGCUUAGCCCGGCACCCCGUUCGCCGCCAUGCCGCCCAAGUUCGACCCCAACGAGAUCAAAGUCGUGUUCCUGAGGUGCACCGGAGGUGAAGUUGGUGCAACGUCAGCUCUGGCUCCCAAAAUUGGGCCUCUGGGUUUGUCUCCCAAGAAGGUGGGGGAUGACAUUGCCAAGGCCACCGGGGACUGGAAGGGCUUGAGGAUCACCGUGAAGCUGACCAUCCAGAACAGGCAAGCUCAGAUCGAGGUGGUUCCCUCAGCUUCUGCCUUGAUCAUCAAAGCUCUGAAGGAGCCUCCCCGUGACCGCAAGAAGCAGAAGAACAUAAAGCACAGUGGCAACGUCAGCUUUGAUGAGAUUGUGAACAUUGCUCGGCAGAUGCGACACCGGUCCUUGGCCCAGGAACUCUCUGGAACCAUUAAGGAGAUCCUGGGAACGGCUCAGUCCGUUGGCUGCAAUAUUGACGGGCGACACCCCCAUGAUGUCAUCGACGACAUCAACAGUGGCGCAGUUGAAUGCCCUGCGAGCUAAGACUGCUGCCUGAACGGACACGACGCGAGUCAGCAAGACCUGUAUAGCGGAGCUUGGUAAUAAAAAUGGAGUUUGACACUU